AGUCCCGCCCCACCAGUCUGUGCCAUCUUGUAUUUAGCAAAGAACAAAAAACGGUGAAAGAAACCAGCCCAACCUCGGGAUGGGGCGCGGAUUUUAAGUCGGGUUUUAAGGGUAUAUUUUCUAAAAAGAGGUCAGGUGUAACGCGACAGUAUGCUCGGAUGUGGGGCGUCUCGGAGACACAUCAGCCACACCCCGGAGGACAGCUAAUGGUAACGUUAGCUUGCAAGCUAUCGGAGCUAAGCUAGCCAAUUAGCUAAGGCUAGGAACGGGAGAGAGGACAACUGGAGAGCUUCUGUCUGAACCAGUGAAACCAGCGGUGCAGUUUGGUGAUCAGUCAAUUGAUUUCACUGUGGGAAUGGGCCAAAUGUCGUGUUGAUCAUCCACAGAGAGAGGAGCCCCGGGCUAUGAGGAGAGAGGCUCGGUAGCUUGGCUGCUAACAGUUGUUUUUCGUUCCGGAGAGGAACCACAAUAAGCCGCGGCCCUGGCCAUGCCCUCGAGUGCACGGGCGGGCAACCUGAAAGAUCCCGAGGUGGCAGACCUUUUCUGCAAAGACGAUCCGGAGAAGCUGUUCGCGGACCUCCGUGAGAUCGGCCAUGGCAGCUUCGGAGCCGUUUACUUUGCCCGAGAUGUUCGCAACAAUGAGGUGGUGGCCAUCAAGAAAAUGUCGUAUAGCGGCAAGCAGACAAACGAGAAAUGGCAGGACAUCAUCAAAGAGGUGAAGUUCCUGCAGAAACUUCGCCACCCGAACACCAUCGAGUACCGGGGCUGUUACCUGAAGGAGCACACGGCAUGGCUGGUGAUGGAGUACUGCCUCGGCUCGGCCUCAGACCUCCUGGAAGUUCACAAAAAGCCGCUCCAGGAAAUAGAAAUAGCUGCUAUUACCCAUGGUGCACUGCAGGGAUUAGCCUAUCUUCACUCUCACAACAUGAUUCACAGGGACGUGAAAGCAGGAAACAUCCUGCUGACGGAGCCGGGUCAGGUCAAACUGGGGGACUUCGGUUCUGCUUCCAUUGUUGCUCCGGCCAACUCCUUCGUGGGGACUCCUUACUGGAUGGCUCCAGAGGUGAUCUUGGCGAUGGACGAGGGUCAGUAUGACGGAAAGGUGGACGUCUGGUCGCUGGGCAUCACCUCCAUAGAGCUAGCGGAGAGGAAGCCUCCUCUGUUCAACAUGAACGCUAUGAGUGCCUUAUAUCACAUCGCUCAGAAUGAAAGCCCCAUCCUUACAUCCAACCACUGGUCUGAUUCCUUCCGCAACUUUGUGGACUCCUGCCUGCAGAAGAUUCCCCAGGACCGGCCUACCUCUGAUGUGCUGCUGAAUCAUCGCUUCCUGUGCCGCGAGCGUCCGCUGACGGUGGUCAUGGACCUGAUCGCUCGGACUAAAGACGCAGUGAGGGAGCUCGACAACCUGCAGUACCGCAAGAUGAAGAAGAUCCUCUUCCAGGAGACCCAGCAGAACGGCCCUGUGUCCGAGGGAGGGGACGACGAGGAGGAGGUGGAGCAGUACCUGCUGAGGACAGGAACAGUCAACAGCAUGGAGAGCUCCCAGUCGGUUCCCAGUAUGUCCAUCUCGGCCAGUUCCCACAGCAGCUCGGUCAACAGUCUGGCCGAUGCCUCCGACGACAGCAGCAACGAGAUGGCCAUGAUGCAGGAGGGCGAGCACACCGUCACCUCCAACAGCUCCAUCAUCCACCGACCCAUGGGUCAGGAUAACAUCUAUGAUGACCCCUACCAGCCAGAGAUGGACCAACCUCAGGCUCCCUCAGCUGGACGCCGUCGAGCUUAUUACCGCAACCGAGACCACUUUGCCACCAUCAGAACCGCCUCCUUGGUAACCCGUCAGAUCCAGGAACACGAGCAGGGCUCGGCGCUGCGAGAGCAGAUGUCCGGCUACAAACGGAUGCGGCGGCAGCACCAGAAGCAGCUGAUGGGGCUGGAGAACAAGCUGAAGGCGGAGAUGGACGAGCACCAGCUGAAGCUGGACAAAGAGCUGGAGAACCAGAGGAACAGCUUCUCCACCGAGGCCGACAAGCUGUCCAAGAAGCACCAGGCCAUCCUGGAGAAAGAGGUGAAAGCAGCUCUGGCAGAAGAGAAGAAGUUCCAGCAGCACAUACUGGGCCAGCAGAAGAAAGAGCUGACCAGUUUACUGGAGUCACAGAAACGCCAGUACCGCCAACGCAAAGACCAGCUGAAAGAGGAGCUGAGCGAAAACCAGUCAACUCCAAAGCGGGAGAAGCAGGAGUGGUUGAUCCGUCAGAAGGAGUGUCUGCAGCAGAUGCAGGCGGAGGAGGAGGCCAGCCUGCUGCGGAGGCAGAGGCAGUACUACGAGCUGCAGUGUCGCCAGUACAAGAGGAAGAUGCUGCUGGCUCGACACAACCUGGAGCAGGACCUGCUGAGGGAGGACCUGAACAAGAAGCAGACCCAGAAGGACCUGGAGUGCGCCAUGCUGCUGCGGCACCACGAGUCCACCCAGGAGCUGGAGUUCAGGCAGCUGGGCUCGGUGCAGCGGACCCGGGCAGACCUGAUCCGAACGCAGCACCAGACCGAGCUCACCAACCAGAUGGAGUACAACAAGCGCCGCGAGCAGGAACUGAGGCAGAAACACACCAUAGAGGUCCGGCAGCAGCCCAAGAGCCUCAAGUCCAAAGAGCUGCAGAUCAAGCGUCAGUUCCAGGAGACCUGUAAGAUCCAGACCCGUCAGUACAAAGCCCUGAGGAACCACCUGCUGGAGAGCACUCCCAAAUCCGACCACAAGGCCGUCCUCAAACGCCUCAAGGAGGAGCAGACGCGUAAGCUGGCCAUCCUGGCUGAGCAGUACGACCACUCCAUCAACGACAUGCUGUCCACACAGGCUCUGCGUCUGGAUGAGACCCAGGAGGCGGAGUACCAGGUUCUGAGGAUGCAGCUGCAGCAGGAGCUGGAGCUGCUGAACGCUUAUCAGAGCAAGAUCAAGAUCCACACGGACACACAGCACGAGAGGGAGGUGAAGGACCUGGAGCAGAGGGUGUCCAUCCGCCGGGCGCUGCUGGAGCAACGGAUCGAGGAGGAGAUGCUGUCCCUGCAGAACGAGCGUUCGGAGCGGAUCCGGACUCUCCUGGAGCGCCAGGCCCACGAGAUCGAGGCCUUCGACUCGGAGAGCAUGCGUCUGGGCUUCAGCAACAUGGCUCUGAGCGGCAUCCCGGCCGAGGCCUUCAACCAGGGAUACCCAACCCCCAGCCCGUCCUCGGGAUCUGCCGGAUGGCCCUCGAGGCCCGUCCCACGCUCCGGCAGCCACUGGAGCCACAGCGUGCAGAACUCGGUGACCACGCCGUCGUGGCGCAGCCAGAACCACGGAGGAGGUGGAGGAGGUGGAGGAGGAGGAAGCUUCAUCCGAGCCGAGUCCAUCACCUCCUCCCACGGCCUCGGCAGGGACAGCGAGCUGCACAAGAGCAGCAGGGGCCACCCGUCCUCCUCCUCCCACUCCUCCUCCCACCAUCACCACCAUCACCACCACCAGCACCAGCAGCAGCAGCAUCAGCAGCAGCAGCAGCAGCAGCAUCAGCAGCAGCAGCAGCAGCAGCACUACCUCCCCCAGCACUACCAGCAUCACCAGAGCACUCCACAGCUGUACCGCGAGAGCCACGACAGCCGGGACCGCGACCGCUCCAGGGAGUGGGUGGGUGGGGGGAGGAGGGGGAGGCCACUACCCCCACCACUCCCAGCUCCACACCACCACCACCACCUCGCCACGCAUGCCUCCUCCCAGUCCCUGGCUCUCCUGCCUCCCCCGCCCCCGCCUCCCCCCAUCUCCCUCUCCUCCUCCUCGCCGCCCUCCUCCUCCUCCUCCUCCUCGUCUCAGGGAGGCUACGGCGGCGGCGGUCUGAGCAUCAGGGGCCCCGGCCUCAUGGCCCUCAGGAACAGCCCCCAGCCUCUGAGGAGGACGGCCUCCGGAGGGCCGGGGGAGGCGGGGGGAGCGACGGGGCUGAGCCGGAGCACGUCGGUCACCUCACACAUCUCCAAUGGAUCGCACCUCUCUUACUCUUGAGAUCUGACCUGAGAUCUGUUUCUUGUGGAGAAGCAGGACGAAGCCCGUCAGAGAGAUAAUUAAAGUUCUUAGUUUGUUUUUAAGAGGAAAAGUAAAAAAAAACAAAAAACAUUUUAAAUGUAGAUUUGAGCGUCUUCUCCAAGUGUUCAGGGACUCUAAAAUGUUCCUGGCGCUCCAAAAGAAAGAGUGGAAGCCAUUUUUUUUAUUAUUAUUAUUAUUAUUAUUAUUAAGUCACAAAAGAAAAAAACACACUAGUAUUAAGAUCACAGGAACAGUGAGGAAACAAAACAUCAGAUCUGACGAACACAGAAACAAACAUCAUUGAUCUGCUGCAGAAAGUCGAGGGUUUAACUUCCACUCGGCGCGCGGUGCUUUCAAAGACCCACUGUAAACUAUGUAAAUAACAGUCAGCUGUAAACCCAGUUCUUUUUUUUUUUAUCUGUAACUGUUUAAUACGUUCAUUUCUUUUUCUUUUGUAGUGAUAAACACGAUUCUGUAAAUGACAACUGAACAAACACUGCCACCUCUUUUGACCCGAUUGACUCCACCACCCCUUUAAAGUCCUCUUAAAGGGACAGUCCGACAUUUAUUCACAUCUGAGCUCGUUGUGCUGCUUUAAUUAGAGGAUGAAGGUGACGAGUUCUCUUAAAAACAACUAAUAUAGACAUUAAAGCUUCACUCCAAUGUGUGCUGAGAAUAAAAAAUACUGUCCUGUCGUCCCCAUAAAAAUCAGUUUGAAAAGUUUGAGCGCUAAAAUCCUCCUAAAGUAUAGUUUUUGUAUUCUGAUAUUGACAUUUUCUGAGAAAUACAAACAGUUAAUGGUUAAAAUAACAAGACAAGGAAUGUUUGUUUAUAAAUCACAUUUAAGACACAAAAGCAUAAAACAGAAAAUGAAUAAUAAAAGUCCAGCUUUUUUAUGCACAUCAUUGGUUCCUAAACUUUCCAAAUUAUUAUUUUUUUUGUUUGUUUUUUGGGGUA